AUGUCGAUGCAACAGGCUGAAGACUACGAGGCCAUGUGCCUUCAAGCAGAGGGCAUCGAGAACGUCACCAGUCGGGUGUUUAUCUACGACCUUCCAGCGGAGUUCAAGAAGCAGCUGCCAGACGCCCGCUUUCGGGCAGCAGCAUGUGUGAAGGGAUGGAUCUUUCACGUCAACGUGCAAGGACAAGCAAACAUCCGACAAUCCUUUCACUCCGAAGUCUACCCCUCCAGCGAUUACCUUCUUGCAGGCCCGUGUCGGAAGUCAAUCUACGAUCCGACCAGGAAGAACUUCGACGUGCUAGGUCUCAUAUAUGACUUGACCCCAGAGCAGGCUGCCAGCUGCGAGAAGUACUUCCAUAUAGAUCGCAACCGAGUUGACCUCAUUGCCACCAUCGAGGACCGCGAGACCCUGGAAGUGCAGAGAAUCGCCGUCUUCGCCUACGUCGACCUGCGCAAUACCGCCGACGGCUUCCAGAAAGUCUUCCCCGACGAUCCUACGAACCGAUUAUACAAGCUUUGGAAGUUGAACUUCGGGAUGUUCGAGCAGGCAGGCAUCAGUAAAGCUUACCUCAACGCUACCUUCAAACAGCUGUUAGGUAAAUCAAUCCCAUACCCUGAGCCCAUCUACGUCGCCCCGGCCCUUCUCUCGCAGUAUCCAGAUCAUGUCUCUUCUUUUCCCGCCUCUGUCACUCAUCCUUGUCUCGACGCCACCUCGAGCCAAUCACCUCAGGCUCGUCACGUGGCCCAACCCCCCUUUCAAGGAAGCUCCCAAAUCACUUGGCAGUACGUGGGAAUCACGAAGUUCAAGGCAUACUUCGAAGCCAGCAUCGAUGCAUGCCCCAAUGACACCGUCUGCCAGAAGCUGGAAGAUCAAUACAAUGCAGGACUGAAGAGCUACCGUGAGCAUCAGGAGCAGCUGCUGGCGCAGCGUCAGGAGAGGUUGAAGAAGCAGCGGGUAGAGGAGCAGUGGUCAGACGAAGGGGAGUGUACAACAGAUGAAGAGGAACAACUCAAAGAUGAAGAAGAGCAGCUUAUAGAGCAAGGGGAGCAGCUUACGCAUGAAGAUGAGUGGCUCACAGAGGAAUGGCUCACAGAGGAAGGGGGCCAGCUCAUAGAUGAUGAAGAUCUUUUGACAGAGGAAUGGGAGCAGCUCACAGAUGAUGAAGACCUUUUGACAGAAAAAGGAGAGCAGCUCACACAUGGAGAACGGGAGUGUAUGACAGAUGAAGAGGGGCAACUCACAGACAAAGGGGAGCAGCUCAUAGAUGAUGAAGAGCUUUUAACAGAGGAAGAUGAGUUAUCAACAGAUGAAGAGGAGCUGCUAAUAAAGGAGGAGGAGCGGCUGUCAGAGGAAGAGGAGCAGCUAACAGAGGAAGAUGAGUUGUCAACAGAUGAAGAGGAGCUGUUAAUAAAGGAGGUGGAGGAGUGGCUGUCAGAGGAAGAGGAGCAGCUAACAGAGGAAGAGAAACAGCGUGCAAAGGAAAAGAAGAAGUUGGAAAAUGAUCAAAAGCUCCGGGAAAUCUGGGCAGGACUUGUGAAGCGGGUACGUGAGCAGAAUGGGGAUAAUGCUGCUGCAAAGGGAGAAGCUCGAGGCCGUACUCACCCUGCCAAGUUCAAUUCUGCCAGAAAGUCACUAUCUCUUGACAGUCUUCCAGUCAUGGGAGAAUUCUCUGCUCCUCGGUCUCGUUUUUCAGGCCAAGCACGCCCUCAAGUAUACCCUCCUCAAUCUCAAGAUCCUCACGCCCAACAACCAAGACGCACGGAACCUAGCUUGCAGGCUCCUAACGCUCAACUUCCUCAAGUCCAGAAAGGCCGAACUCAAGUCCAGCAACCUGGCUCUCAAAUUCAGCAAAUUCGCCCUCAAGUCCAGCAAACUCGUGUUCAGCAGCCUCAACAUUCCACCGGUGGCCAGAAUCCUGCUCAGCGGAUACCGGCCGGUCCACAGAGUCAACACCCUCUCGCACCACAACCCAUCAGUCACGUCCAGGCUCCUCCUCGGCAACUAACACCAGCCGAUCUACCAGGUCCAUGCCAUUACUCUGAACCUAUAGGCGGCGGCUCAGGGGUCUUUCGGCGAGUACCAGCCGGUGAACAGGGUCAAUACGCUCAAACUGGUCCACAAGGUCAACAUAUCCUUUCAAGACCCCCUCAAUCUACAAACGGCGGCCAGGAUUCUGCCCAGCAAGUACCACCCAACCCACAAGGUCAACAUGCUCAACCCACAAACGGCGAACGGGUUGCCUUCCAGCAAUUAUUAGCCAGCGUACAAGGUCAAAGAACUCCUGCAGGAUUCCCUCAAUCUACAAACGGUAGCCAGAACCCUGCCCAGCGAUUACCAGCCAACCUACAAGGUCAAUACGCUCAACCCACAAACCGCGAUCGGGAUGCUUUCCAGCAAUUACUAGCCAGUGUACGAGCUCAAAACAUUGGAAAACCCCUCCCGCAACCUCUCCAACCUACAAAUGCUGGCCAGAGUCCCGCUCAGCAACUACUAGCCAGACCACAGCAGUGGCAUUACUCCGCUCAACCCAUAAACGGCAGCCAACUUCCCACGUCUCGCCCAUCACAAGCCAACCUACCCGGUCCUCAAUCAAUGAACGGCCUCCAGAGCUCCACCCAGCGAUCAGGGGUCGGUCUACAAGGUCCAGCACUUCACUCACCAUUCCUAAACCCAUACGCGGGCUUGAGCAACCCUACUCGAAACCCACAAGCUGCAACAGCCCGCCUGCAAGCCUCGCAACCUCACACUCGCAACCCGCUCCACUCAGACAGCUUCUACAACGACGCGCAACCGUCGAGUGUUCUUCAACAACCUCGUCCCCAACAACCUCGUCCACAACAACCUCACGCAGCUUCCACCCCAUCUCCCGGCCGACAAGCCCCUAGAGGUUCCGCCCCCCAACCCGAGGACGAAUCUCGGCGCUAG